AUGUCCCUCUCUACCAGCACCACCACGACAUAUGACCUGACCAAAUACUCGAGGGCAUACAACCAGACCCCGAGUAGUACCCAGUCAGACCAGGGCGAGCUGCAAUGGCAGCACUUCGUCAAUCCCAUCAUCAGGCUCACGAUGGAAACCCGGAAAUCGCUCGACGGCCACCUCGAGUCGUACCGCCUCAAGAUCGUGUGGACAUUCAGUGCAGGGCUGGACGCCAUGGACGUCGACCAGCGUGAAGUCGGCUUUGAAGACCUGGACUUGGUCGCGUACUCCUCUCUGCCCUCUCUUCAGACGCCGCAAGGCAUGCCGCUAAAGGCUGUCUACCAAGAAGGCGUUGUGGGCAUACGCUACCAGCACCCUCGCAUUGCACCGCCCGGGACAACACCGCAAUACCGCCGUUUCCAGGUGGUGUUCGACAGCCCCCUCGCGGCGACCGCAUUCAUAGAGUCCAUCCGCUUCAUCUGCCCGUGCAAGGCCAACGCCCCGCCUCCUCCCCGCGUCGCGCAGCGGGCGUCCGUUGCACAAAGCGGAUACACAGCUCCGCAGAACUCGCAGAUGCCUGCGCCCUCCCCAGCCCGUCCUACCGGCCGACCAGCUCUCAAGCAAGCAAUGUCAGUAGCACCAGCACCAGAGGACAACUCUGCGUCCGCGAUCAGGCGCGCGGGAACGACGCUUUCGUCAUUCGCUACUCUGUCCGACGCCGCCUCGAACUGGGAGGUCCCUCCGGCGCCGUACUACUUCACCCAGGCGGCUCAGGUGCAGGCGGUGUCCGUUUCCCCUGCGUAUUCGUCCGGUUCUGGCGUGGGCUCCGUGCGCGAGGACCCCUCUUAUGGUUCGUCCCGCCCGUCUUCUGCUGUUGCUCAUCACUCCUCGUCUUCUUCUGGACCUUCUCCUGCUAUUCCUGCUGCUGCUGCUGCUGCUGCUCCGACUCCUGCUCACGCUCAACCACCCACCCCGGUCUCUGUUGCUAUAUCUGUUCCCGUCUCUGCCGCUGCCCCCGCCGCUACUCCAGCAAGCUCCACUUCCACCGCCCGCCCACCGCAAAUCCAGCCCUCCACGACCCCGCUCGCGCACACCGGGUCCAGCGACUCCCUUCCGAGCUCGUCCUUCCCGACCUCGAGCUCCUCGCCCCGCAUGCGCCCGAGCUCGCCGGACCUGAUGCCCCCGCCCCCGGUGCCUGCUAUCGUCUCGAGGAUAUCGACCCCCUCUCCGGCUGUUACGCAGGCUGCUGUGGUCUCUGCUCCUGUUCUUUCUCCUGUUGUGCCUAUCGUAGCUCCGUCGACGGCGGUCUCGACGCCCCUGGAGGUUCGUGCGGAACCUGCUACUGUCGACUCCUUUGCCGGCGCGGUGCCCGCUGCGGACAUCAUGGCGAGUUUGCGGGAUAGUGCGGGUCUGUACGCGCUCCCAAAGGAAGAGCUUGAGAAGCUCGUCGCGGAGGUGAUCCGCGAGGAGGGCUUUGCGGACCUGAUGAAGGCGUUGGAUGGGAUGUGGAGGGUGAAAGGGCUGGCUGGGGCCGUCUGA